AUGAUGAGCGGUAUAACCGAUACUAACAUUGGUUUAAUCAUCUCUAUGAUAUUUAGUGUGGUGUUUUUGAAGCAUUUCCCGAUAGGGAUCCGAGCUAGUCACGUGAAUGAGUGUGGUGGUAGGGACCGUAGGUAUGUGGGAGUUAGAUGGUUGGGAGAGGUGGGGUGGAGGGAUCUCCCCAUGGAAGCUCGAGGGAGAAGUUACCAUCGACAAUUAGGUUUCACGAUCGCUAAGGUUUCGAAGGGCUAUUAG